ACUGUAAGUAACCUGAUAAUGAUUCUACCUCCUAUAUAUGGUGCAAUUCAGACCGUAAGAGAUGGCCUUGAAACUCGCUACCUAGCUGCAUUUUUGGGUCUUGCAGCUGUGGGAAUAGGGUCCUGGUGCUUCCAUAUGACGUUGAAAUAUGAAAUGCAGUUGUUGGAUGAACUUCCCAUGAUCUACAGCUGCUGUAUAUUUGUCUACUGCUUGUACGAAUGCUUCAAACACAAGAACACACGCAACUACCUUCUAGCUUUUAUACUGGUACUAUUCAGUGGGCUAGUGACCAUAGUGUAUCUCCAGUGGAAGGAGCCAGUGUUUCACCAGCUAACAUUUAUUGGAGUGUAACUUCGCCAUCUUUCAAAGACCAAAAGAAUCCUCUUUAAGUACAGGAUUGCAGCACUGACUUGAGUUUUCCCUUUCCCCAGCGUUCUUUCAAAAUUUGUCAUAAGAAUGUAGGGACUGAGAAAUCACCUGUGGGAACUAUCAGAAGAAUACAUGGAAAAA